UUAUUGCUAUAAAUCGUACUGCCAUACUGCAAAGCAUGAAAGAAUUAUGCUUUAUAUCUUUGAUUUUAGCAAGUUUCUUACUUAUCGUACUUUUUGAACUAGAAUUAGGGUCUAAUUAUAAUUAUACAUGAAUACUAUCUUGAUAUGGCAAUUUGAAUGAACCUUCAAAAAGAGACUAGGACAAACACUCUGCCUCCAAAGUGUCCUUUAUUCGGAGGUUCCAUAUAGUGCUUUCGCAGGUUGACCUCGAACCUCAAAAAUUCUGUCAUUUGAAUUUCUAUCGUCAUAUAAUUAUAACAACGCAAUUUGUGAACAUAAUUAUUUUUGCUAGAUAGUACUGUGUUAAUAAAGUUGUUGGGUUCCCUUUUCCUCAAAAUCUUCCACUGAACCAAAUUUUCCACCUAAUUCUAAGGACAUCACUGUCACUAAACUAUCGAAUGGGAGUGCUGAAGUAACCUGCACUAUCACUGGCCAGAGUUGUCUAGCAUUGUUUCAAUCUACAAACUCUCCAACCUCUCUUGAUCCGAUGGUGAUGAUUGGUUUUAUUGAACCACCUAAUGACAGAACCACUGUCACUCUUGAUGCCACUUCCGAUAUUUAUGUGGUAGUGUACACUUGGAACAGUGAUUCUAGUGAGACCAUCUUUGAUGGGAAGGUAUCCUUCAUCAGUCCUCUCCCUACACGAGUACCUGACAGUACAGAGUUUGGAUCUCUGCCCAUACUAAUAGCAGGUAUCAUCACUGUGGCCGUGGUACUGCUUCUCCUGGUAGUCAUUGUAACUAUAGUAGCCGUAGUUAUUGUGAAGAGAAAACGAAGCCGUUUUACAGAAUCAAAUGGGAGAGUGGAUUGGUCAUCAACAUUUGCAGGAAUUGAGCAGCCCAACGAAGCUUAUGCUCCAGUACUCAAGAGGAACAUUGCCUAUGAGCAAACAAAGAAACCAUGGGGACAGAGGAUCGAUGACUCACAAGCCCCGGCAAUAACAGAGGGAGAGUAUGCUAGCAUUGAGCCAGUUCAUGUGUACGAAGAUGUGUUGCCUCAGGGAAAAGCAAGUUGUAUUAACAUUAACUUAUAGUUUUGUACCAGAUUUUACCCCUUAUAACUAUUAAUUAACUUAUAAUUUUGUCCCACACAGUUGUGUAAUUGUACAAUGUCAAGGGGAUAUGAAGAGAAGAGGGCAUGCAAAUCACUAUUAUAGUCUAACGUGCGAGCAAGAACUGGAUUCAAUCUAUCUGCACAUGUACUUUACACAAAAUCAAAUAGAUAUUACUGUACUUUUCCAGUAAAUUCCACCGCCCACAACAGUUUUUGCUCGCAAGCCCUCUUCUCUUCAUACGCCCUUGACAAUGUACGAUUCUAUCAAUUUUGUACGCCAAACUAUUUCUUUUUCUAUUUGUCCGCCACUGGCUAAGACAGUAUAUAUAGUUAGAUGAUCACUGGACUGGACUACACUGCAUGGACUCACCUUUGACCUUAUGUAAAUAAGAAAAUGAUUAUGUACUUGGAGAUGGAAGCAUU